AUGUUCCUCGGCCGGCCUUGGAUGGAGAGAAAUCACGUCGUGUACGAUGCUGCCAAGCAGCAGAUGUACCAUGGGAGGGCAGCCGUAUUCACGGCGGAAUGUCGACGCGCAAAGAGACGCAAGAAGUGCAACGCGAUCUCGAUUCAUGCAAUCAGUUUGUCGGAUAUAGAGGCGCUUCAGCCGAAGCCGCCAGUCGAUCCGAGCGAGAAGGUCCCGGCAGAAGUGCUGAAAGAAUUCCGCGACCUAUUCUCACCAGGAGAGGCAAUGAAGCUGCCGCCACAUCGACCGGGUGUGGAUCAUGAAGUCAACCUGCAGCCUGACAAGAACGGCAACGAGCCACCCUUCCGAUUCAUCCGAGCGAGUAGCUCAGCGGCUGCCGCGCCGGUGCUGUUCGUGCGGAAGCCGAAUGGAGGGCUGCGAUUUUGUUGCGACUACCGAGCGCUGAAUAAUCUGGCCAAGGCUAAGUGGUUCACAACGUACCUGGAUGAUGUACUGAUCUACUCGAGCGGUUCGAAGGCGGAUCAUGAGGCUAAGGUGCGACGAGUUCUCCAAGCACUCGCCGACGCUGGGCUGCACCUAGACCCAGCGAAGUGCGAGUUUUCGGUACAAGAGGUCAAAUACCUUGGCUUUCUGGGCUUCGCCAACUAUUACCGGAUCUUCAUCCCCGACUAUGCCAAGAUCACGCAGUCUCUGGAUGCCCUGCUUAAGAAGGAACUGCCUUUCAUUGGGGACGAGCGGAGAACGAGGCGUUUCAGGAGCUGA